AUGUUUUUUGUUUCUUUUUUUUUUCCUUUUCAGGAUGGAAAUCCAUUUGGUCCCUUCUGGGAUCAGUUCCAGGUGGAUUUUGAUAAGUCUGAGCUCUUCAAAGGAAUCUCCUUCAGUCCUGCCUACAAGGACCAUUGGAUCCAAAGAUUUUCAGCAUCUGAGCACCCUGUACUCGCCUUACCUGGAGCUCCAGCCCAGUUUCCUGUCUUAGAGGAGCACCGGCCCCUCCAGAAGUAUAUCGUGUGGUCUGAUGAAAUGGUGAAGAAAGGAGAAGCCUACAUUCAUUCCCUGCUGGUCAGGCCCUACGUCGGGAUUCACCUGAGGAUCGGCUCGGACUGGAAAAAUGCUUGCAAUAUGCUAAAGGAUGGGACGGCCGGGCCGCACUUCAUGGCUUCACCUCAGUGCGUGGGCUACGACCGAAGUGCUGCCGUCCCUCUCACCAUGGACAUGUGCCUGCCAGACCUCAAAGAGAUCAAGCGUGCUCUUAAGCUCUGGGUGAAAAAGAUGGAAGCUAAAUCUGUUUAUAUCGCUACGGAUUCUGAGCCCUACACAACCGAAAUACGGCAGUUCUUCCAAGGAAAGAUCAAGGUUGUAAGCUUGCAGCCAGAAGUGCCUCAGGUUGAUUUGUACAUUCUUGGCCAGUCUGAUCAUUUUAUUGGGAACUGUGUCUCUUCAUUUACUGCCUUUGUGAAAAGGGAGCGCGACGUACAUGGAAAACCCUCUUCGUUUUUUGGCAUGGACGACCCACCAAGAUUACGGGAUGAAUUCUGA